ACAUUGUUAUCCAAAAUGUCAAGUUUGUUGACAAACAUCCACGAAUGUGCCGGGAUCUCUAAGGAUUCUGGGAAAACUUAUUUAAUUUCUGGAAAUUACAAGUACUACCAUUAUCUUUGCGAUGGUUUUGAUGACAGAGGUUGGGGUUGUGGCUAUAGAACUUUACAAACGAUUUGUUCCUGGAUGAGUGAUAAUCAAGACUGUGACGUUAAAGUCCCCUCCAUAAGAGAGAUUCAAGAGAUAUUGGUACAAUUACAAGAUAAACCUGCUUCAUUUGUAGGUUCUAGGCAAUGGAUCGGGAGUUUUGAGGUAUGUCUGGUAAUAGACAAACUAUAUGACAUUCCAUGCAAGAUAAUACACGUGAAUCACGGAGAUGACCUGAAGACUGUAGUGGAUGCUCUGGUAUCUCAUUUUGAGAAGUUCGGCAGCCCUCUGAUGAUGGGCGGAGAUGUGGACGCCUCUUCCAAAGGGAUUGUAGGCAUUCAUGUAGGGAAGAGUGGUGCCAGUUUAUUAGUUGUGGAUCCACAUUAUGUAGGCAAGGAACAAUCAAGCGAGUUUCUCUUCAACAAAGGCUGGGUGAAGUGGCAGCGUCUAUCUGAUUUCUUAAGUAGCUCAUUCUAUAAUAUUUGUUUACCUCAAGUCAAGGCCAAAUGCAAAUCUAGUUAGACAUUAAUAUUAUUGAAUAGGUAUAGACAAAUUUAACAUAGUAAGCAUAGAAAAAUCUUAUUCUUUUUUAAAUAAUCAUCAUUUAAAGUUAAGCAUUAUUUAUAAAAUUCAGACAUAGCCAUUUUUAUAUGUCUACAAAAACAACAUUAAUAAAGAUUAAUAGUAAAUACGAUAAGAGUUUGUUGACCUUACUAAGUACCCAUUGACUAGUGGGACAAGGUCAUUUAUUUGUUUGUAGACAAACAACCUUGGCCAAUAGAUUGUCUUCCUAUAUAAUGUUAAUAUAAUUUAUAAUAAAAAUAAAACAAU